UCGGGAAUGAACGAUUUAUAUCAUUCAACCCCAUGACACGGAGAGUCCUGGACAUAGCUCCUCCAGCUGAUGCAUGCAAUGCCGACAUUACUAUUGACAAGGCAACAUCCUCGGGAGAUAUGGUUACCCUUUCUGUUUCGCCCGGAGCAGUAGAAGGUCCUACCUCCAGUGCUCCGGCUGCUGAUCAGGCUAUAAAUGUGUCUAUACUGCAUUCAAAUCCGUUGAAUGUCGUGCCCAGCGGCUUCUUGGAUGCGGAUGCAUCGUCUCAGAACUUUGGCUACGAAUGCCCGAUUUGUCUGAUGGCAGCAUUCGACCGUAGUCCAGUGGCUACAACAUGUGGCCACAUCUUCUGUCGGGAAUGCAUCGAGGAGCAAAUACGCCAACGAAACAAGUGUGCCAAAUGCAAUAUGAAAAUUACCGCAGAUCAGCUAGUGCGCCUGUAUUUGUAGGCCAUCGAUGCAGUUCGU